UCAGUACAGGAUCCGCAUACUUCAUGCAGCCCUGUGCACCGACACAGCAGCGUUACCAUCGUCUCGCAGUGUACAGUGUGCAUGUGCAGCCUCAUUUAUGAGAGUCUCUGCGGUCCUCCUGAGCUCUGAGUGGUGCUGUCUCGCCUGCGUCUUCCUAUUAAAACUGCCUUCCAUUGCACUUCUCCACCAGCGGACUAACCAGGCCCCUCGCAGCCGCUGCACGGUGGCCCCGAGCCGGGCUGAUUCCCACCACAGACCCGGCAGGUGUGACGGUGGUGGUACACCGGAGAACGGCGGGCAACAUAACCACUCUGGAUGCUGGAUUUACAGACUGCUCCGCGGGAAAAGCCCAGGAUGUGAUGAAAUGCUAAUCAAAGUGCGACACACACACAAUCCCAUGCACAUCAAAAUCGGGCCUGCCUUGCAUUGCAACUUUGCGUUUUUGCCUCUCAGCAGGGGCUAAAAGCAGAUAAUCAGAGGUGAGGCUGGUGAAAUUAUCGUCUGGGGGAGGGUGACGCGCACUUCACAGCAGCCCCUGCGCUGUCAGACGAGGAAGUGAGGCUUCAUACACGCCCAUUUCAGCCUGUCGACCCUGCUAAAAAAGCCCAGAGCCGUUCAUCAGAUAGCACAGCAACAGACUUUUCAAACAUGCGUCCACUUUCGGAUGGACGACACUACAAGUAACCUGCAGGACGACGCCGAUUUCAGGGGUCACAUGCGUGAUCUCUGGCCUAACUGUCACCCACAUGCAUUGUGACUCAUAAAUCGGCUUCGUCUGCGAGACCAAAGUGCUAAAGUUUUGAAGUAUGGACAGGGAGCUUGGUCGACAUGGCCAGUCAGAGCACAGAGAGGCCGCUAAUGGAACCAGCUCUCAGACUUCCACCACCACUCCUGACUCCUCCACCCCUCCAACCCCCACCCCUCCUCGGCUAACCCCCAACCCCAUGCUCCUGGACUCCCCUGCACCCAUGCUGACACCCACCACCUCCUCCCCUCCUCCACCUCUCACCCCUGCUCCCUCCGUUUCUGCAGCCCAUGGCCCAAAGCUUGCAGCAGCAGCAGGCACUCCGUCUCCUCACAUCCUCGUCCCCGCUCCCCCAAAGCUCACCUCCACUGCAACCCCCGCCCUCCGCACGUACUCUCGCCCGAUCCUUCCUUCCCCAACGGGUGUCUCCAAAACAUCUCCAACCACGCAAACCUCCACCUCCACCUCCACCUCUCUUCUCCCUCCUUCCUCCCCCUCCUCCUCCUGCUCCUCCUCCUCCUCCUCCUCUUCUUCCUCUCCUGUUGUAGCCAUCACCACCUCGCCCCUUCUCUCUUCUUCUUCUUCUGCAACGCACAGCACCACCACCUUAUCAACCAAGACCUCCACCAGCCUGACCAACGGGAACAUGAGGCCUGUAUCAACGUCAACCUCCACACCAAUCACGCCCUUUCACACACCAGCCAGCCCACCUGGCAGACAGGUAUCACAGACUCAUCCUGUGGGCACACCUGGUCUUGUGCGAGCCAAUCAGAGCCUCUCCCCUGUCAGGCAGAGGGUAUCCCAGCAGACACUGCUCCUAGGGAAAGGUCUCAAAGGGUCUGGCCAAGACCAGGUGCUGCUAAGAGCUCAGAUGCUGAUUCUUACGUCUGCUAUGCGACCUGCUUUGUCCUCCUCUUCCUCCUCCUCCUCCUGCUCUCCCCCUUCCUCUAACUCUGCCUCCGCUCAGCUCCAGAGUCUCACCUUGAGGCCUCCUCCCCCGGGGGCCCUCACCAUUCCCCCAUCCCUCCGCCUCAAGCCCCCCUCCUCAGCGCCGCCUCCCUUCUCUCGCUCUCACACAUCCCUCUUCCCCCCUCUCAGGCCACGACCGCAGCCCAGCACCACGGCAACGGAGAGCCCAACCACGCCCAGCCGCCAUCUCUCCGUCCCACCUCCAACUCUUUACUCUCCAGUUCGAGCCGUCCCUCUGAGACCCAGACUUCACUCUCCAAAUGGUCACAGAGUGGCGUCACCAAGGCAAACCUCAACCCUCCAACCAAUCGCUGCUACUCCCACCAGUCACACCUCUCCCCUCAGCAAGCCACUGGCUGACCUAAAAAGUUGUCCGUUAAGUCAAACGAUGCUCGGGACCAGCCAAUCCCAGCAUGGCUCAUUAUCUGUGACCAACCCGUUGUCUGUUUCCUCCCAUUUCGAUCGCUCGCCUUCUGCAGCGCGGCAGCUGCAAAUCAUCGCCCUUUCUUCGGGCCGUCAGCCGCAAUCUGGCACGUACGCCAACACUGUGCAGUCGGUGCCUCCAAUUGUAGAGUUGCCUGAGCUGUCCAGCCAAUCUAAGAGGACGUCAAGCAGUGAAGACGUGCUUCCUCUUCCUCUAAACCCAACUUUGCCAAAAGCCACUUCUCCUAUGUCGUCGCCUCCAUCUCUCCUGAGUCCAGCAUCCCCUCCAAGUCAGACUGGUCCUCAAACACAAACUGUGACACAGAAAGGGGAGGUGAAGGACAGCGAAGAGCAGCGAGAAAUAGGACGAGGGAUAAGACAAGGAAUCAGAGAUGAGGGGACUGUUAGUAAAGAUCUUAAUGUAGAGAAAGAUGACCAAAGAGAGAAAGUGAAGGAGGAGAGAGAGAGGUUUUCAACUGAGAACGAAGGAAGUCUUGUCACUCAGAAGGAACAGGAAGUCGAAACUGUCAAAGAGGAAGAACAAAUGGAAGUGACAGAGGAAAGCCAGAGUGACAAAGAGAAGACCGAAGAAGCUGAGGAGAAAAAAAUGGACGAAGAAGAGGAAGGAGAGACAGCUAUGGAUCAGUCAGAGAACCCUGCCAGUCUGGUUCUCCAUCAGUGCCAGGACACGGAGCCUAUCCCAGCAUCUGAGACAGUUAAAGACUCCAGCACGGAACCAAAAUCCACCCUGGAUCUCAUUUCAGCUCCUGUACCAGUUCAAACCCCAGUCUCACUAACAGUACCAGUACCAGCUCCAGUCCCAGAGGUCUCUGUCCAUAGUCAGAGGCUAGCAGAGUCUCAUCGGGAUGUCCAGCCAGUCAACCAGGAGGACUUCUGUGAGAACAUGUCAACACAGUCUGACAAUCAGUCAGCUUUGUCCAGUCUCUCCUCUCAGUCUCCCCCCUCCUCGCCCUUCAUCACCCCCUCGGCAGAAAACCCUCCUCCCCUCCUCCCCGCUCAGACCAGCUCAGACCCGACCGACCUUAGCCUAUCCCAGCAUGAGACGGAGAAAGUCAACAAAACGGUCGGGGACGAUUUGCAGCAUCUGGCUGAGGCCGCAAGCGAGACGGAGCCACUUGGCCAAUCGGAAGACGAGAGCCUAAGCCAAUCGCUGAGCAGCCCCUGGGAGCAGAGGGUGUGGCCCGAGGGACGACAGGUUCUGACUCACCUAGUGGAAGGAUUUGUCAUCCAGGAGGGGCUCCAGCCAUUUCCUGUGAAUCGUUCAUCCUUGCUGGUUCCGGAGCAGGUGACCAAACCGCAGGAAGUGAACGGGACCAAUGGGAAAGCAGUGUUGCCCGUGAUGGACACUCUACAACAAGCUGAGCACUCCACUGAUUCAGAGCAGGAGGAGGCAGGAGACACAGAUGACCCUGGAAACAGGUCAGCCCACCGGGACAGGACAGUGCUGCACUGUCAGUUCUGUGGGAAGAGAGGCCACGCACACAACUUCAUGCGGUCCAAACGUUUCUGCUCCACUUCCUGUGCUCGCGGGUUUAACGUUCGUCUGACAAAACGUCUGCGGGCUCUGAGUGCAGGCAGUCGGUCAGAGAGGCCCCGCCCAGCCCUGAACAGAGCGGAGUCCGUGCCUGGGAAGCCGCUGUUACUGAGGCUGCCUCGUGAUCUCUGGAGCGCCGGUCGGCGAGAGAAGGAGGGGAAGGAGAAGGCAGCGGCAGACGAGGAGGAGGAGGAGGAGGAGGAGGAGGACAUGGAGGGAGGAGGGGAGGAGGAAGAAGAUGAUGGUGGGGAGGACCCUGCUGUUGUCAUGACAACCAGAAUGGAGCGUCGGGCGGCACGGAGGGCGAGGAGGGCGUCUGCGCCCACCUUGACCACCUCCACACCCACAACCACGUUCAAACCCGCCCCCUCCCAGUGGAGUGUGGAGGAGGUGACUGCCUUCAUACACACACUGCCAGGCUGUGGCGACGUGGCCGAGUCUUUCCGGCUGCAGGAGAUCGACGGCCAGGCCCUGCUGCUGCUGACCGAGGACCACCUAAUGACCAGCAUGAACAUCAAACUGGGGCCGGCGCUCAAAAUCUGUGCUCACAUCAACUCCCUGAAAAACCAAUGAGAUCAAGAAACAGACAGAGAAGAAAAAGAGAAAGUCAUGGCGUGAUGUCGGACAAAAACUGGCAAUAAAGAUGUGGGGAAUCAGAGAAAAGGAGGAAGUUGGAGAAAGUUUUUUUUUGUGGUAACAAAAAUAAAAGCUGACACCAAGAAUGACAGAAAAAAGUCACAAAAAGAGAUUCAUGGUGAUCUGUGAGAUUAUAAAUCGAGGUGUGGCCUUGGCAGGAGCGUGGAGAUGCCAGAAUCCAGAAGAAAUUUCAUCCAUUUUGGGCUGUCUGACAGUAGCAGGAGACCGGGGGGGGGGUUUUGUAACUUUGUGUACAUUUUACAUGCCGCUGGAGAGUGUAAAUUUGAAGCUAUUUCAUGAAGGAUUUUGAACAUUUAAUAUAUAAAAUUUGUCUAUUUAGUUUUUUUAGAACGUGACGUCAACGACAAAUCUAUCCAGUAGCUAACAUAACCGGUGUGUGUACAAGAAAAAUAAUAAUAAUGAUACGUAGACUUUGUAAGUGAUUAAUGAAAGUUUAAUGUUUUAUAUCACUAUAUUCUGGACAAAACCAUGUCUGUGGAUUAAAAAAAGUCACUAUCGGGA